UGUGUGUGUGUGUGCGCACGUGCGUGUGUGUGUGCGCGCACGUGCGUGUGUGUGUGUGUGUGUGUGUGUUGUGGAGGAAGGUGUUACUGAGAAAGAGGAGGCCAGUCACUCCAACUGGUCAGUGUCCUUUGCUGUCCAAUGCUGUCGCACUCACAGACACUAUAACACCAUGUCUCGUCUCUGUAACCUCCUGGUUGCCUGCAUGUUAUUGAUUGGAUCUGUCUUUUUAUCAGGAGCAGAGGAAAUGACUGCCUUAGAGGAGCAGAAAGGAGAGCAGCUGGUGCGUGGCAAGCGCAGCAUGCCCAACUGGAACCUGUGGGCGUCGGACUUCUACGGCUGGGUAGAGGAGCUGCGAGCCCAGGCCAGCUACGACACGCUGCAGGAUCUGGCCCGCACCUACUGGGCCCACUUCCCCAUCGCCAGCUACCUGGGCUAUGACUCCACCCCAGACGCUGGCCAACCAGAGGAGGACUAAGCCAUCAGGCACAGAGCUUCAGUGCCAGCGAAUAAACACGUAUAGGGCCCUAACUUGAAUGUUGGGAAAAUGGCAAAGUCUUAAGUUUGAUAGACAUGAAUUUAAUAACUCAAUGAAUUAGAAAUUUAACACCACGGGCAAGACCUUAACCGCAAGCAGCAAUGAUUCAGCCCAAUGCUCCCACAUGAUAGCUAUAAUUCAUGCAUGACAACUUUGCUUGUUGAUAGACUGCAUUUGGCGAA